AUGCAGUGGCAGGGGCGGUUUGAUCCUUCUUGGUAUCUCAUCAUCCUCAUCAGUCGCAGCGUGUUGGACCCGGUGAUUGUCGAGUCCUCCGAGACCCGGGCGUUAAAGUCGAAUGCGGCGGCCGGGCCUUUGGACAGCAUGCGUGUGCUUCGCAGGGCCAUAGACGCAGAGAGCGGCACCACUGUGGCGAAUUCGGCCAGGCUCGAGUUGGAUGCUGGUCGAUUCACCAACAUCCACGAGACACAGAUCAUGCGCUACACCAGCGCAAAGGUCAUGGUACAAGCGGGAUCGGGCGAUCGCCUGGUUACAGAACCUGUCGACCUCUCCACAGUCAUCAGCCCACAAAGCAUCACAUUGAAGAGCUUGCUGGACGACUGCGGCACAUUGACCCCCAUACGUUUUGUAUACCGAUGCGAGGGCAUUCUGAGGAAGAUGGAUCCUCAGAGCGGGCGUCUCACGGCGCUCGAGGUUGUGUACUGCGCCCCGUCCACCCGAUAA